GCAGCGCCCCCAGCGGCCGCGGGGCAUUUAAAGGGGCCGCGGCUCCGGUGCCGCCCGCUCGGUCCCGCCCGCGGCGUUACCGUUAAGCCUCCUGGCGGCCAUGGAGGCGGCCGUGGAUUGGCGCUGCCGUCCCGGCGGGCGGCUCGACAUGAGCCACGGCUUCGUGCGGCACAUCAGGCACAACCAGAUCGCCAGGGAUGCCUACGAGCGGGCGGUGCGGCAGGCUCGGGGGCGGGCUCGGGGCCGGCUCCCUCCGGCCACCCCCCGGCCCCGCCGCCCGGACCAGCAGGUGUACAGGCCCCGGCGGAACGGCAUAAGGACUACCUUGGGGGCACCCAAGGCGUGCCCUGGCUGCUCUCCUGAGGGCACAGCUGGCACAGUUGGCACAGGUGGCACCGGGGGGGACCCCAGCCCGGGGUCCCCCCCCCACGACCCCCGUGGGCAGAGACUCUUCUGCCUGGAGUACGAAGGGGACGAUGGCAGCGUCACUGCCCUCAUCGUGCACCAGGGGGACAGCGCAGAGGAGGUGACCCGCAGGCUGUGUGCCCGCUGCCCGCUGGAGCCUGCCCUGCGCCGUGCCCUGUGCCAACGUGUCCAGGACGAGCUCAGCAAGCGCCGGGGGACAGGCUGAGGCUGCUGCCACCUGCUGGGCACUGCUGGGCACUGC